GGGUGAUUUGAGGAGAAGCGCCGCGCGCCUUGCCAUCUGAUAGUUGUCCACCGUCGAGCAUCCAUCGCCGUCACCAUGGCUCCCCCACACAUCCAGGACCAAGUCUAUGCAGCAUCCAUGUCCGACCCCGAGGCCUUCUGGAGCCGUCAGGCGCGCCAUCUUCACUGGCACAGGACGCCAUCCAGGGCACUGCACAAGGGCGUCAAGCAUCUCAACAAGAGCAACGUGUCGCACGAGCAUUGGGAGUGGUUCCCAGACGGUCAAAUCUCCACCACGUACAACUGUGUCGACCGGCAUGUGGAAAAAGGAAACGGAGACCAUGUUGCAAUCUGUUGGGACAGUCCCGUGACGGGCCAGAAGGAGUUAUACACAUACAAACAGCUGCUGCAAGAAGUUGAGACGCUUGCGGGCGUGCUGAGAGAGGAGGGCGUCGACAAAGGAGACGUUGUUCUCAUCUACAUGCCAAUGGUGCCGGCUGCGCUGUUUGCUAUGCUGGCCAUUGCUCGCCUGGGAGCCAUACACGCCGUCGUCUUCGGUGGCUUCAGCUCGGCAGCGCUGGCACAGCGCAUCGAGGCCAGUAGACCCGUCGCCAUCAUGACUGCCUCUUGCGGCAUAGAAGGGACCAAGAAGCCGGCAGAGUACAGGUCUAUGAUUGAGGGCGCGGUCCACAAGAGCAGCUUCAAGCCGUGCAAAACCAUUGUCUGGCAGAGAGAGCAGCUGAGGUGGGAUCCGAUUCGCAAGGAAGACGGACUCAAGGCCGAUGCUGUGCCCGUCAACAGCGGGGACGGGCUCUACAUCAUCUACACUUCGGGAACGACCGGGCUACCCAAGGGCGUGCUUCGCUCGGCGGGCGGGCAUGCCGUAGGGCUCAACUUUUCCAUCAAGUACCUGUUUGGAGUUCACGGCCCAGGCGACGUCAUGUUCACGGCGAGCGACAUUGGAUGGGUUGUGGGCCACUCGUAUAUUGUCUACGCCCCUUUGCUCGCUGGCGCUACCACGGUCAUCUUUGAAGGCAAGCCAAUUGGGACGCCAGACGCGGGUACGUUUUGGCGCAUUGUUGAAGAGUACAAGGUGUCGACCAUGUUCACUGCACCUACGGCGCUGCGAGCGAUUCGUCGAGACGAUGGCGAGAGCCACUUCUUCGCGGCAAGAGGUGAGAGAGGUGCGCUCAAGACGCUUCGGGCCCUGUUUUUGGCUGGAGAAAGAAGCGAGCCCAACAUCAUUCAGCGGUACCAGGACCUGUUGACAAAGUACUGCGCUCCAGGCGCCGUGGUAGUCGACAACUGGUGGUCGUCCGAGUCGGGCUCGCCUAUUUCGGGCAUUGCACUCAGUGCGCCUUCGGGGCUUGACUUUGGGUGUCGAGAGCGGGCCAAGCCCCUUGUCAUCAAGCCAGGAUCAGCAGGCAAGGCCAUGCCUGGGUUUGACGUGCGUGUGGUGGAUGACAAUGGCAACGAGGUGAAGAGGGGCGACAUGGGCAACAUUGUCAUGGCGAUGCCUCUUGCGCCGACGGCGUUUACGAGCCUGUGGGAGGAUGAAGAGCGCUUCUACAAAGGCUACUUGAAGCGAUUCCAUGGCAAGUGGAUCGACACGGGCGAUGCGGGCAUGGUUGAUGCCGAGGGGUACAUUUCCAUCAUGGCAAGGGCUGACGACGUCAUCAACGUUGCGGCACAUCGCUUCAGCACCGGACCAGGGGCCAUUGAGCAAGCGAUUACGACGCACCCGUCGAUUGCGGAAGCGGCCGUGGUUGGGAUUCCUGAUGCGUUGAAAGGGCAUUUGCCGUUUGCCUUUGUCACCCUGUCUACAGCGGGCGUGGCAGACGACAAGCUCUUGGGUGAAGUUCAACGUCUUGUGCGUGAGCAGAUUGGGGCCAUUGCCACGCUGGGAGGCCUCAUCCAGGGCAAGGGCAUGAUUCCCAAAACGCGAAGCGGCAAGACUUUGCGCAGGGUGUUGCGGGAGCUGGUGGAGAAUGCCACGCACGGAUAUUUUAGCAGCCAUGUGAGCGUGCCAAGCACGAUUGAGGACAGGGAAGCUGUCAAUGUUGCGCGAGCCAAGGUUCGUGAAUAUUUCGAGACGAGGGGCAAGGAUUUGCACAAGGCGACGGAAGCGCGAGCGAAACUGUAG